AUGGCAUCUGACGACCAGCAAUCCAGCAUGCUGGAAGCUCUACAGGAGAUUCAGCGCACGCAGGUUCUUCUAGUGAACGCGGUCGAAUCGCUUUCUGGUAGAUCGAUCGAAGAAUCAGGUGGAGAUGUUGGCAAGAACACCAUCCUUGAGCCAGGUUCUCGUGAAGAUGACAAUGAGGGUGGAACGCCUUCAGUAGAAGUUCCUGCUGCCUCUGGAGACAAAUUGAAAGCUCCUGCGCUUCCCUCAUCCGAACAGCGCCAGCAGCAAGGAUUCACAUCGCGCAUUAUUCUGACGACUUACCCCAAGCAGAUUGGAAUUAAUCCUUUGCCCAUGGACUGGGGAAAUCAAGACCCUGUUAAGCGUGGCCCUAUCGUAGUUUCAAGGGCUGCUUCUACUAUUCGACGUCGUAAUGGUUCGUCCCUGUUGGAGCCCAGUGAGUUAUCAAUCACCGUUCAUUUCGAGGGAAACCAUGCUAAACAAGUUGUUAGUGGUGGUUCGUACUCGAUCUACUAUGCCCUCGCCGUGGCCAGCAACGAACUGAACGCCGACCACCGUCCCGACUUCACCAACACCGAGCCGGCGGCGAACAUUGGCCCUUUCCCUCAAUGGGGAGACCCCAAGAAGAUUGUUGCCAUGGACCCCUGGGGACAUCUCGCUCCUUGGCUGUUCAAGGACACCAUAGAGAAGGACAACGUCGAUAUUCGACCGACCAUUGCCAUCACCAAGGCUCAUAUGAAGCUUCCUGAACUUGCCGAGAGUGUCAAGGCCGGCCGACUGGUACCCGAUGGCAAGGUUUGCCUGAAUGAUCAGGGUGAACUGGCUGUCACCAAGUUUGCUGUUGAACCAGUCUGGUACCUCCCCGGUGUGGCAGAGCGAUUCGGUAUUGACGAGGCCACCCUACGACGUUCCCUGUUUGAGCACACAGGAGGAAGUUACCCAGAGCUUAUCACCCGCGGAGACAUCAAAGUAUUCCUUCCUCCGAUUGGUGGUCUCACUGUGUACUGCUUCGGAGAUCCAGCCAAGAUGUCGGAUGAAUCGGUUCGACUGUCUCUGCGAAUUCACGACGAGUGCAACGGCAGCGACGUGUUCGGAUCUGAUAUCUGCACUUGUCGUCCUUACUUGAUCUUUGGUAUCGAGGAAGCCGUCAAAGAGGCUCAGAAUGGUGGCAGUGGUGUUGUCAUCUACUUCAGAAAGGAAGGCCGUGCGUUGGGAGAGGUCACCAAGUAUUGUAAGGAUGAAAUCCCUCAAGAUUCGGAGAAGCAGCCGUCGUUGGUCUACAACGCGCGUAAACGCGGAGCCGAUCGCGCAUCAGACUAUUUCAAGAGGACCGAGAACAUUGCAGGUGUCAAAGACAUGCGAUUCCAGGCUCUCAUGCCGGAUAUCCUGCACUGGCUGGGCAUCAAGAAGAUUGACAGGAUGCUUAGCAUGAGCAACAUGAAGCAUGAUGCGAUUGUCGGACAAGGGAUCCCCAUUCAUGAGAGGGUCGAGCUUCCAGAAGAACUGAUACCCGCUGACUCGCGAGUCGAAAUUGACGCCAAAAUUACAGCUGGCUACUUUACCACUGGUAAACGUAUGACUACCGAAGAGCUCCAGGCGGUCCAGGGAAGAAUAUGGGAAGACUUCGAUCAUUAA